AUGCCGGGCAUGGCCACCUGCAAGAACAUGGACCUGGCCAAGUCUGAUAUCAGGAUCCUCGUGCCCAAGGGCCCCAUCCAGGGCAGCACCGGGGUGCACGGCUUUCAGGACGAGAGCCCCGAGAAGCUAGACCCCGUGGAGCAGGGACUGGAGGACACAGCGGCCAGGGAGGUUGUGGCCGAGAAGCCAGGUAGGGGCCCAUCUGGGCCAGGUGGUGGUGCGGGCCUGGAUGGGGAGAUGCCUGUGGGUACACCCACUGGUGCAGCAGGUGUUGGCCCCGCAUCGGCGGCUAUGACCACGGGGCUGGCCGUGAACGGGAAAGGCAUCUCCCCGUUCAUGGGUGCCUUGAUGGCUAAUGGGAUGACCUCGCUGCAAACGUCAGCCACGGGCAUAACGGCCAGGAAGAGGAAGUUCAUCGAGGGCAGGCAAGACCAGCCUUUUGACAAGCUGCUGCGCUUGCACGUGCGGCAGACGGAGAGGGCCUCCAGGUACCGGGACAUCAUGGUCCGGAAGCAGGAUGGCUUCACCCACAUCCUGCUGUCCACCAAGUCCUCUGAGAACAACUCGCUGAACCCGGAGUUCAUGAAGGAGCUGCAGAGCGUGCUGAGCAUGGCCGGGGCCGACGGCAGCAAGCUGGUGCUUCUCAGCGCCAUGGGCAGCGUCUUCUGCUGCGGCCUGGACUUAGUUUACUUCAUCCGGAGCCUGACAGACGACCACAAGAGGGAGAGUGCCAGGAUAGCUGAGGCCAUCAGAAGCUUCGUGAACACCUUCAUCCAGUUCAUGAAGCCUAUUAUUGUAGCUGUGAAUGGCCUGGCCAUUGGGCUAGGAGCAUCCAUCCUGCCUCUUUGUGAUCUGGUCUGGGCCAACGAAAAGGCGUGGUUCCAGAUGCCCUAA